AUGUGGUCCAAAGGGCCAUUCAAGUCUCGACGGAACCCCACAUCAAACCCGUCUCCGUCUCCUCCGGGGUCGCGGGAUAAAGAAAAGGGUCUGCCGCCUCUGCCAAGGGACUUGAGCGUCAACAAACAAAUCCACUCGCAUGAGAUGAACAAAAGAUACUCGGACGUCUCGUCCAUGGGAUCGCCAGAUCCUGGUCAUGAAUGGCAUGGUAGCCAAAGUAGCUUCUGCGUGUCACCAAUAGAGGAAGGACAAGCCUUUCCUCCUGCGCAAAGGGACUAUCGGGUGUCUUCGGCACCAUCUCCGAUUCCCAUGGAGAAAACAUACACAGCCUCGCAAUCUACGCUGCAGCCUGUCCAGCCGGUGCACAAAUUUACUCGAUUUGCGCCUGAGCGGCCAGCGGAUUGGGACAAUUAUGCGCCUGAGCCACCCGCAACUAUGACUGGCAAAAUGCGCGCCACCUCAUCACACAAGCCAUCUGGAUCCCAUACAUCCAACUUGCUCACCUGGGGUCGCGCACAACUCCGCCCCACCAAAAAGGUCAACGAGGUGCGAACUCGAAUGAGCAGCUUCUCAAAGAACGAGCAACCUGCACCAGAACUCAGGAAUAGAUCCUCGUCACGUGCAUUAUCAAAGGAAGCAUUGUCAAAGGAAACACAUUCCAACCGCGUCCCAGAGCAAAGUCCCCAGAUUGGAGGCUUUGGUUUCGUCCCAUCAACAGUGACAACCAUCACUGCCGGUGGUCCAGAAUACGUGCCAGCAAGACCAGCAACAGACCACGCACCGAGUCACUCGCAGCCGAACCCGCCAGUUUUUAAAUUCGACGACGACCACAGGAUUGCCAGCAUGAUGCUUCCAAGUUAUGAACCGGCUUCCCGCUUCAGCGGUACAACCGACACAACCACCGACUCGGGCAGCCAUAAUGCAAGCCCGCGCGAAAGUUUCCAGCUUGAGAACCAGUCUACCGAUGACCUUUUGUCUGCGUCUUCUAUCAUGUCACGACGCAGACCAGUUCCCAACGGCCCGCCGGUCUCCAAGAAGUCUCCAAUAUCAAUUUCCAAGAAGCCUCUUCGUAAGCCUACCCCAUCUGAGGCAGCACAGAUUCCUGCGGUGAAUUUGACACCGCCUCCUGUGGCUGAGGAGCCCAAGGAUGCGCAAGGCCGGAUUGAGGCCCUGGAGAUCAAACGGACCGAACUUGCCCAGCGCCGAUUUAACUUGCAAACUAUGGUUGAUGAGUUGAACAAGGUUAUCCAGCCUACCUCUAUUGCUUAUGAUUUGGCCGCCAAAGCUGAGGUCAAGAAGAGUAUCCAGAGCAUGGGCAAUGAGAUUGAUGAGAUCAAAAAGGAAGAGCACGACCUUGGAAUGAAGAUCGCUCGUGCCUGGCGUCGGUUCGAUGAGAAGGAGAAUAAUGGUGAUGGUAAUAGUCUCUGGGUCAAGCGUGUCACUAGUUAG